AUAUACUUCAUAGUAACUGUCAUAAUAAUAAUUUAAAUUCCAAAGUUUGCGAGGAUUGAUGAGUAUAAGGAAGGGGAGGAAUUUGUCUGCCCUGAAGGUACUCAGGGCAACGGCAAUUUUGCCGAUCCAGCCACUUGCCGCCGUUUCUAUCAAUGUGUGGAUGGUUAUCCUUAUUUGAACAGAUGUCCAUCCGGCUUGUACUUUGAUGACAUCAGUAAAUAUUGUACAUUCAAAGUAGAAGCAAGAUGCGGUCCAAUAGCGACAACCCCAGCCCCUAUCACGGAAGCCCCGACGGACUUAGCUACAAAGUGCGACCCAGCGGAAUGCCAGCUGCCGUAUUGUUUUUGUUCGAAGGAUGGCACUCUGAUACCGGGCGGUCUGGAUCCAGAGGAUACGCCGCAGAUGAUAAUGCUAACAUUUGAUGGUGCCGUUAAUUUGAACAAUUUCGACUUGUACAAGAAAGUUUUUAAUGGGAAAUUACGCAAUCCAAACGACUGCCCAAUUCGGGGCACUUUCUUCUUAUCUCACGAGUACAGUAAUUACGCUAUGGUGCAGUCUCUCGCUCAUGAUGGCCAUGAGAUAGCAACAGGCACAAUAUCCCAGCAGCAAGGUCUUCAGGACAAGGGGUACGAAGAGUGGGCGGGAGAGAUGAUCGGCAUGCGCGAGAUCUUACGAAAGUUCGCGAACGUGUCGCGCUCGGAAAUCGUCGGGGCUCGUGCGCCGUUCCUAAAACCCGGACGUAAUACUCAGUUUAAGGUGUUAGAAGACUUUGGCUACAUCUACGACAGUUCUGUGGGCGUUCCCCCAUUACCGAUCCCCGUGUGGCCCUACACGCUCGACUACAAGAUCGCGCACGAGUGCAAGUCAGGCACAUGCCCGACCAAGUCGUUCCCAGGUCUAUGGGAAGUUCCUUUCAACGCUCAUUUCGUAGAGACUUACGAAGGUGGACACUGUCCUUACUUGGAUCAGUGCGUUUUACACAAUCACGACGCCAACGAGGUUUUCGAAUGGCUUCAAGAGGAUUUCACCAGGUAUUACGAACAGAACCGAGCGCCAUACAUGAUGCCUUUCCACACUAACUGGUUCCAAAUCAAGGAGCUCGAGCGAGGCUUACAUAAAUUCCUGCAAUGGGCGUCCAACUUAAACGACGUAUGGUUUGUAACGGUGACCCAAGCGCUUACAUGGAUGACAGACCCCCGUCCAGUAAAGACACUUAACAAUUACGAGGCGUGGCGAUGCGAUAAGAAGGACCUCCCUCCACCACCAUGUAAUAUCUCCAACAAGUGCGCGCUGUCUUUCAAGCACCCAGAAACAAACUUUACAGACACUCGUUACAUGGAAACAUGCACAGAAUGCCCUAACCGAUAUCCAUGGUUGGGUGACUCUGGUGGAACAGGUAUUCCCGGAAAAGAUAACUACAUACCUGAUAAUUUGAAGAGGAAGUAGGGGAUAAAAAUUUCUUACCACAUUUGAGUACAUAUUGACGACAGGCAGUUACACUAGAAACGUACGAGUUUCAAAUAAACUGUGUAGACAAAAACAGUAAAUACAUAAAUAAUAAAAUUUAAGUAAUGA